UUAUCAAUUAAUUGCACAAUCCUAUAUAAAAAAAGAAAAAUAUAAAAAAGCCAUUGAAACAUAUGAAAAAGUAAUUGAAAUUCAAUUUAUUAAUUUAUCUGAUACUCAUCCAGAUAUAAAAGAAAGUUAUUAUCAAAUAGGAAAUAUCUACUGUAAAAUGGAUGAAUUAGAUAAAGCUUUAGAAUUUUAUCGAAAAACCACAAUAACAACUACCACAACAACAACAAUGACAGAUGAUGAUAAUGAAAAUAGUGAUGGUGAUGAAAUGAGUGAUACAUUAUUAAUUGAAAAAUAUCGAAAUUUAGCUGAAUUUUAUGAAAGAAAUGAUAAUUAUGAACAUGCUAUUGAACAAGAACAAAAUAUUUUAAUUAAACUUGAAAAACAUUUACCAAAUAUAGCUAAACAAGAUGAUUUAAAAAUAAUUAAAGUUGAAAAACUUAUUGAUAAUCAUUUAAAUAUAAAUAAUAUUCGUUUAUUUGUUAAUUAUCUUCAAGAUUUUGUUUAUAUUUAUUUAACUAUUGGUGAUUUAUCAUUAAUAGAUAAUGAAAAUGCUUCUAUUUGGUAUGAAAAAGCAUUUGAUCUUCAUCGAAAACUAAUUCGUUACCAUUCAUUAAAUGAUAAUUUAAUUUCUAUAAUGUAUUAUAAAAUUGGACAAGUAUAUCAACGUUAUGAUGAAAUACAAACAGCUAUUGAACAAUAUCUUGAUGCAUAUAAUGCCAAUUAUCAAUCAGAAAAUAAAUUUAUUUUUUUCUAUGAAAUUGGUUAUUUAUAUAAAGAAAAUAAAAAUUAUAAUGAAGCAGAUACAUGGUGGAAAAAAUCACUAUCAGAAACAACAAAUGAAAUAAUAAAAAAUAUAUUACAAAAAAAAAUUGAUAGUAUUGAAGAUCAAAUAAGCAGUGAUGAUGAAAAUGAUGACAAUGAUAAUAUUGAUGAUAAUGAUAAUAAUAAAAAAAAGAAUCAAAUAUCAAUCAAUAAUAAAUAUUCUAAAGCAGAAAUGAUCAUUCAUACAAGCAAUGAUCAAUUAGCCAUGGCCUAUUUAGAAUUAAAUGUGAAAUAUUAUAAAAAAUAUAUUGAAGAACAAAAAUUAUUAUUGAUAAAUGAUGAAAUAAUGUUAAAUGAUGAUUGGAUCAAUAUUAAAAUAAAUGAUGAUUUUAUUCAAUUUAUACCGGAUUUAAUUUUUCAAUAUAAAAAUGAUUAUGACAAAGAUGAUGAUGAUAGACAAAAUCCUAAAAAAAAUAUUGUACGAUCAUAUAUGGAAUGUGGUAGAAUAGCAUUAAAAUUAAAAAAGUUUGCUGAUGCAUGUAACUAUUAUUUACAGGCAAUUGAAACUGAACAUUUAAAAUCCAAUGAGACGCUUCGAUCAUUGUUGUCAAAUAAUAAAACAGGACAAGAUGAUAUUAUCAAUAAUUAUUCAAAACAAGAAUCACAACUAUGGAUUAAUAUGAAAAUGGGUGCUUAUAAUCGUAACAAUGGUCAUUAUGAUGCUUCUUUAUUAAAUUAUCAAAAAGCAUUAACAUAUACAAAUGAUCUUAUGAUAAAAAUAACAUUAUAUUAUGAAAUUUUAAAAUUAUUUAAAAUUAGUUUAAGAUCAACAGAAGAUUAUAAACAAAGUAUUGUUAAUAAAAUUAAUUUAAAUACAACAUCGAUAAGAAUUUAUGAUCGUCUUUUAAUUUAUGAAUUAAUUAUUGAUUUUAUGAAAGAAUUAUAUGAAGAUAAUAAUGAAAAUAAUAAUUCAGAAAUACAAAAAUAUAUUGAUAUGUUUUAUCAAACUCAAUUACAAACAAAUUUUAUUAUAUUUGAUCAUUAUGAGAUAAAGAUGUUAUCAUUUCAAUGUAUUGGUCAUGUUUUACGAUAUAUGGAAGAUUAUACAGAAACUAUUGAUUAUUGGAAUGAAAUAAUCAAAUUAAAACAACAAAUUUUAUCUCAACCUAUCAUUGAACUAAUUAAUAAUGAUGAAAGUACUUUUAUUAAGAUUUAUGAUAAUACAAAAUUAUAUAAAAUGAAUUUUCAACAAUCGUUGAAAACAAUUGCAAAUAGUUAUGAAAAAAUAGCUGAAUAUUAUGAAAAGUUAAUUAAUAAUACCAAUGAUAACGAUAGGUGGGAUCCUCAAAUGGCCAUUAGUAACUAUGAAAAUGCUUUAAAAUUUCUUAAAAAAAUGAAUAAUAAGGAAAAAGAGUUAAAUGAUAAAAUACAAUACUAUGAAGAUCGUAUAAAAACACUUAAGUCGAAUAUUAAUAAUGUUGAACAUAACAAUCUUAUUCAAUAA